CUUCUUCAAAAUGGGUCGACCCACCGAUGUGGAGACACCCAACACCAAGAAGAAUGAACAAACGGCUGCUUCCAAGAAAGUCAUCAAAGCAAAAGAAUGUGCCAUCAAGCCCAAAGCCCCUGCGGUGGAUUCACCAGCAGCUACCACCCCUAAAGAGAAGAACAGUGAAGAACAGAGCAAGAAGACGGCCACCUCGCUGAUCCUGUUUGAAGAAGUGGAUGUUAUUUUCGACGAUGACUCAGGGUUUCUAGCUGCCAUCAAGACUUUUAUGACGACUACAAAGCGGCCAGUUAUCCUCACCACCAGCGAUCCUGCUUUCAGCUCCAUGUUCGAUGGCGACUUUGAAGAGAUCAUUUUCAAAACACCCUCAAUGUUGGAUGCGAGCAGCUUCCUGCAGCUGUUGUGUCUGACGGAGGAUGUGAGGACAGACGUCCCGGACAUCAGCGCUCUGCUCAGACUCAACGGAUGCGACAUCAGGCAGAGUUUACUGCAGCUGCAGUUCUGGAUGCGCAGCGCAGGAGGCCGCCACCUGACCAGGCCACUGACACACACUGGCAAAAGUGAGCUAAAGCCAGAGGCUGAUGAAGAGGCGGCAGGCGUGACUCUCCCUCCCUGUGAAAGCGGCUGCACAGAGAGCAUGCUGGGUCUUCUGAAUGUGGAGCCUGAGCGAGACAUGUGGGAGCUGCUCAGGGUCCGGGCGAGGAGACGUUACGCUGGGAGCUUCUGA